AUGCUUCCCAUCGACAGCACCAAUGAGGUCGCCUAUUCGUUUGUUGUGUUCGGCGCUUCGGGUCGUCUGGCGCUCAGCCGCGUCUUUCCGGCGCUCUGGCAACUCUAUCGCGACAAUCGCCUGCCGCAGGGCAUCAAGAUCUUCACGUUCUGUCGCACGAAGCUCGAGCUGCGCACAUUUCGCAUCAAGUGCGUGCCCUACAUGGACUUGGAGAGGAGCCGCGACCCGGAGAAGUACAACAGCUUCUGGACGAACGUGUACUGCCUCGCGGGCCAGUACGACAAUGCGGAGGAUUAUGCGGAGCUCACGGCCGCCAUGGCGCGGCAGGAGAGCAGGCACGAUAUGCUGGUGGCCAAUCGGAUAUUCUACCUGGCGCUGCCGCCCAUUGUCUUCGACCAGGUGACCCUGAACAUUGCGCGCAAGUGCCUCUCGAGCAGCGGCUGGAAUCGUGUGGUGGUGGAGAAGCCCUUCGGGCGCAGUGACGUUGCGUACAAGGUGUACCAGACGCAGCUGUGCCAGACCUUCAAGGAGUCGCAGAUCUACAUGAUCGAUCACUACCUGAGCCGGCAGGUCAUCCACAACUUCUUCGUGCUGCGCUUCACCAAUCUGAUCUGGUCGGAGACCUGGAACAACAAGCACAUCGCAGCGAUCAUGAUCAGCGUGAAGUGCGAGAAGCCGGUGCAGGCACGCGCGGACUACUUCAAUCAGUACGGCAUCAUACGCGACGUUAUGACCAACCACAUGAUGCAGCUGCUGGCGAUGCUCGCCCUGGAGCAGCCGUACAGCAGCGAUGUGGAGGACCUGCGCGACGAGCGGCUGAAGGUGCUGAGGCAGGUGCUCACCGUGGAGUUCAGCGACGUGCUGCUGGGUCAGUAUGUCAACAAUGGCCGGGAGCAGGAUCCCGCCAAGGUGGGCUACACCCAGCACUCGUACAUACCCAAGGACUCGGUGACGCCCACCUAUGCGAUGGCUGUGCUGCGCAUCAACAACAAGCGCUGGACCAGCGUGCCCUUCAUCCUGCGCGUGGGCAAAGCGCUCAACGAGACGAAGACCGAGGUGCGGGUGCAGUACAAGCCGACGCAGUGCAACCACAGUGGCAACUCCUCGAGCAUACCCAAUGAGCUGGUGCUGCGCCUGGCGCCGCGCGAGCAGCUCUUCAUGCGCAUGAUGCAGAAGCGGCCGGGGCCGAGGAUGGCGCUCCGCGAGACGGAGCUGGACCUGCUCCUGCGCGAUCGGGCGGUGCCGGCCAACUAUCAGGCUCUGCUGCUGGACGUCUUCGCCGGCAACCAGAUGAUGUUCAUGCGCACCGACGAGCAGUGUGAAAUCUGGCGCAUCUUCUCGCCCGUCCUGGCCGAGAUCGAGUACGAGCGCCCGCGGCCCUUCUACUACGAGUUUGGCUCAUGCGGGCCAAUGGCCGCCUACGAAAUGGCAGCCCGGCAAGGCUUUAAGUUUUACGAGUCCGACGAGUGGCACGCCAGCCGGGGCAAUCCAAGUGCCACAGCCGAUGUCAGCAAGGCAACUCUCAACCGAGCCCAACAGGCGACGCCCACCUGGAUGAAUCCCCUGGCGUAGCAGCUCAGUUUUUGUUUAAAGUCAAUUUUAGUUUUAGU